AUGGUCUUUCCAUCGAGCGACCAGCACAAAGAAUCCGUGCCUCUCCUUUCCGUUCACCUCGUCUCCUCGGCGGCAACCUCUCGCGAUGUUUCAGAUAGUAUCAGUACAUCUGACUUACGCAGCCUAUUUGCACAAGGGAGCCAGAUAUUGCCAAACGAAUUCUCUCCCACGUUUCCACAUACACCGGUUUCCCCCAACUCAGGCCCAUAUUUUUCGACUCCCAGUGUUCACAACUCGCAAUCGUCUACUUCACGUAUUGAGUUGCCUCGACUCGAUAUGAAAUAUCUUCAGAGUACGCAUGGCCAACUUCCCAUCACACCUGAUUCCCCUCUACACCCCUCCGACCUUGGGAAGAGUACCGCACAUGGUCAGGAUCAGAUAGUGCAUGGACAUCUAUUCCCAAGCAUUCCUGGUUCAUAUGGCACAGUUCUUGUGGAAGGGAACGACAAUCGUAAGCAUGGAUUUGCUAGUGAUCUCUCUGGGAUGCUUCCUACGCCCAUAUCUCCAAAUGCACAAUCCGGAAGUCCGACGACCCCUGUUCAACCGAUUGACUUGACAGGUUGGAUUACUCGGAGUUACGGCCUUGAUCCCAUAGCUGGGGGUGCUUUUGGAAACGUCUGGAAAUGUACUUACAACGAUGGUACCAGGUGCAUCCCGGUUGCUGUGAAGGGCUUCAGAUUCCAAGUUAACAAGAAUACCUCAAAGAGACUGAGGAGAGAAAUGGGCAUUUGGAGAAGACUUAAUCACCCAAAUGUCAUGGAAUUCAUGGGCUAUGCUUUCGGCUUUGGUGUUUCGAUGUCCCUUGUUGCGCCUUGGGCUGCAAAUGGGACUUUAACCGAUUGCCUGGAAAAAAGUUGGCUGAUCAUCACUAUUGCUGAUCAACUCAGUUUGUUGGACGAUAUCGUCUCUGGUCUCACUUACCUACACUCUUAUCCUAAUAAUCCCGUGACCCACGGGGAUCUCACUGGGUCUAAUGUUCUUAUCCUCGCGGACAUGACUGCAUGCAUCGCCGAUUUUGGACUAUCAAGCAUGCUCGGCGACCUGCAAACCGGUUCGACUUACCUCGCAGCCACCGCUAUGUAUCCAGGCGCAGUACGAUGGACAGCUCCCGAGCUCCUCCUGUCAGAUGACGUACAGCCGACGACGCUCAGCGACAUCUACUCUCUUGGCAGUAUCAUGCUCCAAGUCCUAUCAGGCAAGGUACCUUGGCACGAGAUCAAACGGGAAGUGAUUAUCAUACGGGAGAUCCAACAAGGAAACACCCCUUGUUGUCCGUCCCACACUCCCCUCGUCGGUGAAUUAUGGCCGUUUAUCCGUGAGUGCUGGUCGUUAUCACCGGCCUCACGACCCACAGCUGGCACCGCCCUCGAAUUUAUCCGAUAUAUCAGAAUUAAAUUACUCCCAGUCCCUGUAGGCGACUGCAACGCACCCAGUUCUACCGCUGCACACCCUGCAAGUAGUCCCGGACCAUCAAAAAGGCCACGUUUGAAAAUAAUUACAUAG